AUGGAAACGAAAUCAGUUCAGACCCAAUCUCCGGCCACCCCGGUUUACAUUCUUCGUGGGCAUACAGCGCCAAUCCAUGCACUGCACAUCUACAACCAAAACUUACGCCUAAUAUCCGGCGAUGCCAAUGGCUGGAUUGUUGUUUGGGACCUGGUAACGAAGCGGCCAGUGGCAUCAUGGAAAGCCCAUGCAGGUGCCGUGCUCGAAGUGAAGGGCUUCAAGCUCGGCUCAGGUGUGACUGAGAUUUACACACAUGGCCGCGAUCACAAACUAUGUGUGUGGAAGAUUCGUAUUGAAGACGAAGAAUUUCUUGACAAGGCAUUGCCAGUGGAUUCAAAUGAAGACGAGCAGGCGCGCAAGACCCAGCCUUGGCUGCUUCAUUCUUUGCCCGUGAAUGCACUCAAUUUCUGCGCCUUUUCAAUGAUAUUCCUUACAUCGGAUGGCCUUCCUGGUGUGCCGUCUCAGCCAACGAAGCCCGAGACUACUCUUUUUGCUGUCCCCAAUGCCCUGGACUCAGGCGGUAUCGAUAUCUUCCAUCUGCCAUCAGAGCGCCGGAUCAGCACCAUUGCUUCGGAUGCAUCAACGAAAACUGGCAUGCUCAUGGCUGUAAACCUUUUUGUUGCCCCCACUGGAGAUAUCUAUGUUGCUUCUGCUUACGAAGAUGGCCAUGUCAUGGUCUUUCAUCACCGAGGGACUCUCACUCCGACGACAUUUGAGCGUGAAAGCAUCGCCAAGAGCCCUUUGAAAUGGGAUAGACUCUACGCUUGUCGCCCCCAUACCCAGCCAGUUUUAUCUUUGGAUUUUUCUCCUUCUCUUGAAUAUUUUAUUUCAUCCUCGGCGGAUGCUCUGCUUGUCAAACACCCCAUUCCAAAUGCAGGUCCUGUUGGGUAUAUCCCAACCGCCGGCUACAAGGAAGAGUCACCUUUAAAAACUGUCAAUACGAAACAUUCAGGCCAGCAGGGUCUGCGAAUACGGUCGGAUGGCAAGGUCUUUGCUACUGCCGGUUGGGACAGCAGGGUUCGAGCAUAUUCUGGCAAAACCAUGAAAGAGCUGGCUGUGCUCAAGUGGCAUAAGGACGGUUGUUAUACUGUUACAUUUGGAGAGAUUAUAGACGUCCCUUCACUCCUCCCAUCAACGAGAUCCACAGGCCCGAGCCCCCAGGAUGAAGAGAGCCAACAAGCAGAACGUGACUACUCCCUCGCGACGGUUCAGCAGCAGCGAAAUCAAAAAGCACAACAAACUCAUUGGCUAGCAGCUGGAUCCAAAGAUGGAAAGAUUUCAUUAUGGGAUAUCUACUGA